AUGAGGGCGUCAAGUACGAUCUUUUAUGAUGAAUACGAGGCGCGCCGCUGUGCGUCGCGCGUAACUGCUGACCAAAUCGGAGCCGGCCUUGCACCGCAGGCGACGUGGACGCGGGGCAGGUCAGGAAGCCAAACCAGCACAGGUCUUGCAAUAACCGCUAGGGUGAAGUCAGCGUUGCCAAAGUUGCGGAGGUCAAGGGAGAAGGGCGUGUGUGCCUAUGCACAGCAUACUUAUGACAUUAUGCAAAAAGUUCCAGACAUGGGUGCUGAUGGCGAUUACCGACGAGAUAGGCGCUCGCGGUCUUUGGCGGAGUCACCGCUGCUGAAAUUACUUGCGAAGCUAUGUUCAGCGUAUAGCCAGGGAAAAGCUUCACAGCGGAGGUUGCAUAUGCUCCUAAACUAUCAGGAGCUGGAGAUGAAUGAAACGAUCUUACCAAUGGAGACAGAAAGUACCCGCGCUUCUGUCAUUCGCAUCGAAGGCGUGCUGCGCCUCGAAGAAGAUUUCACAUGCAAUCCUGUGCGUGCAGAAGAUUUGAAGAAGAGUCGUAAGGGUCGGAGCCAUUCAGUUACGUUGGAGGGUGGGGCUGACGUGAAAAGCCGGAAGAAUCAUUCAAUUCAAUUGCUUGCUGUCAUGGAGGUGGAGAAUCUUGACUUGUUCACUUAUCACCUUGCCUUGGGCUAUACUCCCUCCAUCCCAGCCCGACAUCUCUCAAUGUCAACAAUCAUGCAGAAUAGCGCUACGUCUUGGCCUUCGCUAACGAAGAGGUCGCUGUAUCCAUCCCUUAACCCAAAUCAAGUAGUCGCCUGCCUCGUGUUCUCCGCAUUGUCGACGUUCUUCACACCGCUUCCCAUUCAAAGAUCAAAACUAACAUCAAAAUCAAAGGCAUAA